AUGAAGAGUGUUUAUUUUAUUCUCUUUUUUCAUAUCUUAUUGAUGUACUGUUAUUUUUGUGACAAUAUGAAUGAGAAGAAAGAAGAAAAGACUAAUAUGAGGAAUAACAGUUUAAGCAGAGUAACUAUAGAAAUACUUCCUUCUGAUGAAGAUAAUGAUGUUUAUGAUAUAAAUGAUUCAUUAUUAGAUGAACUUAUAGGUAUAAAUAAUAUAUAA